CGCAGGGGUUCGACGUUCUCACAGAGGCUAAGAACCACUGGAUUACUGUAUUUGGCUGUCUCUGAAUAUUUAGUUGAUUUUUACCCUGCGUUACCCACGUGCUGUCCAAGCGCUUUGAUGAAAGUCCAAAUAUCUGUUAGGUUUUAGUUCGCGCGUAUACCAGAAGAGAAAAAAGAUGAGAAAAUUUCAUCUUGUUUUUGAAUAAGUUGUUGCGCGACGAUGUAUAAUAAUGCCAGACUUUUUAGAAGACUAACAUGGGGAUAUUACGAUCUCAUCAAAGCUCGCUUGUUGACCCAAAGUCGUUGCUUUAGUCUCUGCAAUUUUGUGAGGGCAGAAUCGCUCAAGGAGCACUCGCAAAAACCAAUAGUAACACGCGCUGAACAACAUGGAAAGGUGGCAGAUUUCGAACGCGCUUUGUUCAGAAGAUUAGAGCAAGCUGGAUUUAAGAGAUCUAGAAGAUUUUACUGGACGGUUUGGACGUUAACAGCGGCUGCAGUGUUUGGUGGUGGAUAUCUCUACUUCUUUCCUCACAAAUUACGACAGCAAGUUGUUGAAGAAGUUUCCACCGUAGCUAGUCAAUCAUUAGAAGAUGGUAAAAUUGUUACAAAGGCUGGUCAACUUUCAAAAGAUGUUCUCAGUGGAAUACUGAAUGAUAAGGAAACCAAAGUUGUAGCCUCCGAUUUUGUCAAAGAUGUAAUUGUAAGUGAUCCGAUCAAAGAAGCUGCGAUUGGGACCAUUUUGGGCUUGUUGAAUGAUCCAAAAGUUUUACACCUACUACGAAUAAGGCUUUCCGAGAUUAUACUGGAUAUUCUUCAAAGUGAUACAACAAAACAAAUUGUAAUUUCACAAGUUAACAGUAUUUUACAACAUGAAAGUGUAAGAACAUCACUUCAGAAGUUGUUGCAAGAUCUGAUUGACACUAAAGAGGUGAAACUAUUGAUGGCUGAUUUCUUCAAAGAUGUUCUUGCGUCUGACACUGUAAAAGAUCAGGGAAAAAUACUAGGCCAGCAAGUUACAACUGAUGUCAUUACUAGCAAAGAUAUACAGGAGCAAGCAGGCAUCGCAUUAUGGUCUGCUGUUAAGUUUUCAGUCAUUCCUAAUAUGUUCAAAUCAAGAAGUCCAAAUAAAACUGAUGAUGAUAUUGAUAAAACUGAGACUGAGGACAAUGAUGAAAAAGCUAAAGCAGAUGAAACUGUGGACGAUAAAGAAGGUGCAGAUUCUGAUCAUCAUACACCUCAACCAGAUGUACAAUCCUCUAAUAAUGAUGACAAUGUUAUGUUGUAUUAUACAAAGGGCAAAACAUAUGAUGGGUAUUCAAUAGAUGAUGUAGGAGACACUUAACUAUAAAGCAACUAAUACAGAGUUUUUUUUGUGUUUUGUGCACUGUGCAAUGCUAAUAUAUGUACAAAUUCGCUGCAAAGUGGAAUACUUUAUUGCUGUUAUUUAAUUUAUUAUUUAUUACACCUAAAAAUAUUCUGUGAUUGAAUUUUUACAG